ACGUUUGUGAAGCUAAGCGAACAAAUGGUAAACCCCCGAAGUCAGUCGCCACCGAGUCGUACUGUCGGGCCCCCGAGUUGGCGCGUUCUGCGUCUUUAAUUAUUUAAAUCUAUAAUAAUUGUGAUUUUUUUUUUUUUUUAAUUUAUAAUUUAAUUUUCUUUUUGUUUUACAUAGUUCAAUCUCAUUUAAAUAACACGUGAAUUAUUUAGAAAAAAAACCUGUUAAAGUAACAAUUGGUCUACUUUAUCGGCAGUGAAAUUUUUAUAAGGAUUUUUUUAUUAAGAAAAAAAUUAGCAGCAUUAAAACAAAAUGGCAGUAUUUGGUCUUGUAUCAGCAGUUGCUGGUUUUGUGAAAGUUAGAUAUUUAAUUGACAAGGCCGUUAUUGACAAUCUUGUCUUCAGGGCACACUACAAAGUAACAUCAGCAUUAUUAUUUGCUGCUUGCAUCAUUGUAUCAGCAAACAAUCUCAUUGGUGAUCCAAUAAAUUGUAUUUCUGAUGGUGGAAUAAGUGGACAUAUUUUAAAUACAUACUGCUGGAUAACAUACACUUUCAGUUUACCAAAUGAAUUUAAUAAAGUAGUUGGUACUGAAGUUGCACAUCCUGGUCUUGGUGUUGAUAAUACAAAAGAAAAAACUUAUCACUCGUAUUAUCAAUGGGUACCAUUUAUGUUAUUUUUUCAAGGUGUAUUUUUUUAUGCACCACAUUGGAUGUGGAAACAAUGGGAAGAAGGAAAAAUUAGAAUGAUAUCUGAUGGUAUGCGUGGUGCACAACUUGAAACAAAACAAGAAAGAUCAUCAAAAGCAUCAAGACUUGUAACUUAUAUACUUGAUACACUUCAUCUUCAUAAUAGCUAUGCAGCUGGUUAUUAUUUUUGUGAAGUAUUAAAUUUAAUUGUUGUGAUUACUAAUAUUCAUCUUGUUAAUAAAUUUCUUGGUGGUACAUUUUAUACAUAUGGACUUGAUGUUUGGAAUACGAGUCAAAUGGAUCCACUUUUACGUGAUGAUCCAAUGAUUAAAAUAUUUCCACGUGUUACAAAAUGUACAUUUCAUAAAUAUGGUCCAUCUGGAUCAAUUCAAACACAUGAUGCACUUUGUGUAUUGGCAUUGAAUAUUCUCAAUGAAAAAAUAUAUAUACUUUUAUGGUUUUGGUUUAUUGGUCUUGCUCUUAUGUCUGCUGCUGCUGUUUUAUACAGUAUGGCUGUUCUUACAAUGCCAAGUACACGUGAAGCUAUUCUUAAAAAACGUUUCAAGUUUACAUCAGAUAAUGAUGCAAAUGUACUCAUCAGAGAAACACAGAUUGGUGAUUUUUUGCUUUUACAUUUGUUGGGACAAAAUAUGAGUAGUGCAACAUUUACUGAAGUACUUGGUGAACUAUGUCGUCGUUUAAAAGUUGGUUCAAGUAGCGGUAAUUCACCAACAUCUGUACCAUCAGCACCAAGUACACUUGAAAUGUCACCAAUUUAUCCAGAAAUUGAAAAAUUUUCAAAAGACACAGAAAUUUAAAUAUAUAUAUUAUAUGUAUGAACUAUAUUUAUUAACGCAUAUAUAUAUAUUUUAAAAUUUUUAUAUAUAUACAUAUAUAUAUUAUUAUUAGUCUUUGACGAUUUUUGUGAUAAUGCCAAGAUGCAAAUGAAGAAAAUAUCUUCAAAGUUAGUGACUUUUUAAAACAAGAAAAAAAAAUGAUUAUUUUAAUUCAAAUUCAAAUCAAGUGCCUUUUAUUUACAAGCAAGCAUAAUUGACUUUUUUUCAUUUUAAUAUUUUAAAUUAUUUAUAAUCAAUAAUAAUAUAGUAUUUUAAUAUUUUUAUUAUUUUACUUUGACUUUGUAUUUGCUUGAAUGAAUUAUUAAAAAUUUUUAAAAUAUUAAAAUUUUUUUAAUACCAGUGAAUUUAUUAUUAAUUUAAAUAAUUAACAAUUAAUUAAUAUUGAUGAGACACGAUUGAUUCGCUUUGGAUCAGUGGGCUGUGACUCUAUCGAUUCUUGUGCAAAGCGAAUAAUUUGUCACAAUAAUAUUUUUAAUUUUUAAUAAUUUUCAUUCAAUCAAUAUCAACAAAAAUAAAAUUGCAAAAAAAAAUUCAUUAAAUGCAUAUUCCGUCCAGGAUAUUCAAUUCUUUUAUGAAUUUUUUUUCUUUCAAUUUUUUCCAUCUCAUUAUAAAAUUGUUCUGUCAUGUGAAUUAUAAAGAAAAUAUUUUUUUAAAUAAGUAGAAAUAUUACUAAAUAUAUAAAAGACAUGGAAAAAUAAAAAAUACACAAUAGCUGAGUGAAAAAAAUAAAAUAAAAAUAAAGUCAGUUGAUUGCUUUAUCCUUGGACUUUAGUCGUAAUUGUUUUUGAUGGAAUUUAAUAAAUUAAUUAUCACCAUGA